AUUUCCUAGUAAUCAGUACAGUGCCUCCUAUGUCCAGAUUAAGGAGGCUACUUCUUUAAAUUUGGUAGUGCUAAUGUCAGUUUGAGAGUUACCCACUACCCUAAUGAACAGAGGGGGAGGAAUCAAAGAAGGUGCAUAUAGAUUGAUAUGGCCUAGAGAUCUGUUUCUCCACUUGAGGGGAGAUCUGUAUUUCUAAUGACCUAGCUAUCUAUCAACCAAGCAUAUACAACUUGCCGUUUAUUGCAGUUCAUUAUUUGUCUAUUAGAUCUCGAACCAUGUGGGAGAGAUUAAGGGUGAAAUGUAAAAAUCGUGUUUUUGUUUAGGAAAAGAAAAAAAAACAUAGCAAAAUUUGAAAUCUUGUGUCACUGAUGGAUUUAUGGUAGAAAUAAGACUAGUAUUUGGAAGUCUAAUUUUAGAACACAAACUGUGGUACCUGGAUGUCUGAAUUGAUUGGAGUUAUUAAUUCAGCGAUAAGACGAGUGAUUUGGAGGUGUGCGGUAAAGGGGAAGCGGAUUCAGACAGGGUUAUCUUUUAAAGGUGUAUUUAACAUCCCCAUGAUAAAAAAAAAUCUCUCCAUAUCUUAUGUCGAUUCAGAGGAAUGUUUCAUUCAUAUAAAAAUUGUACUGACACGAGGAAGCGAUGUGUGUUUACUUAAUGUUUUUAAAAACUUCGUCCUGGUUUGAACUUCUGUAUAUUCAAAUUAAUUUUUCUGCCACUUCUGGUUGAAACAAAGUAGUUCUGAUGGAGAAAUCCGAGAAAAGUUAGAACCCUUCAGAUAUUUCACAUGGACUGUGUGUGUAUUGGAUAUUGACAAACUUUUAUUGAAAAAUCUCCCUUGGAAUUUGGUAAUUUUGCGGAGUUUCCUAGUCACAAGGAUGCUUGGCUGUGUGAUUGAUUAGACCAACAUCGGAUGAAGAUGGAGAGAACACACUUCAAAGUAACAGCGAAGGCUGAAGUUUGUCACAGUAAUACGGAUAAAAGUUGUAUGCUUUGUCUUGGUCGAUCCAAUUAUUUCCGAUUCAACCACCCGAAGGAAGCCAAGAAAAUCAAAGAAGCCAUGCCAAACUGCCGAAUCUCCUGCACUCCUUUGGCGUUCCUUCAAGAAUUGGAGGAGAACCCUGAAUACCUCAAAAUGAUAUCAGAUGCUGGGAGUACUGUCCAAAAGCGGUCUUCCUCGGGAUCUGACAAAAGUCGCAAAGGGUCAUCCUCAAGGUCACCUCAAGGCUCCUACAACAGUCAACAAGAGGAUGAGGAAUUUCUUAACAAAGUCUGCAAAUUUGAGAUGAUCUCACGAGGGAAGACCUCACCCACAGCCAAAUCUCCUGUGAACAAAAGUUUCUCACCGGAUGGAUCUUACAGGUCUUAUACACAAACAAUGUCUGACCAAAAUCACGUAGGUUACACAGAACCUUUGUCUCCGGUGGAAAUGAAAACGGGAUAUGUGUCGUCACCUUUGGAUGGAAAACAGUAUGUGCCAAAUCCAAAUUAUACAUACGCAGGAGAAAAACUGUUCACUAAAGAAACUGCUACUACGCGUGUGUCCGUAGACAUUCUCAAGAAAGCUGGAAAUGUGCAAACGACUGAGAGGGUCACCAGCACGGGGAGUUCCAGCUCCAGUUCUCUGACGAGUGUUAGUAGUACUGGAGGUGCUACCCUGAGUUGGCACUCGGACUCGGCGAAAUCUUCUCCCCGGACAAGCUUUGUAACUCUCUCUUCCCAGAAUACCGCAGAACAAAAGAAACCACUAAUAACAGUUGUGUCCCCUAAAGUGUUCAACUCUAAAGUCACUUUAGAAAAUGAUGCCGAAAGACUAGCAGAGAGCAUAAUGAAUGGUGAUCUGCUGUCGACAGCUUACGAUAGCGCUGGGAGUAGUAACUCCUCUAGUAAAAGAAAUACCUUUGAAGGUAUGGACUUUGAUUUUAAUGAACUGACUGCAAGUCAGCAGGAUUUGUCUAUGAAACAUCGAGAGGUGGUGGCAGAACGCAAAAAGGAACAAGAAUUGGAAAGACAAGAAAAGCAGAGAUUAGAGGAGAUCCUUAGUAUGUGUGCAGAGUAUGACAAACAAAUCACCGAUGACAUGGAGAAAGUAGGUGUAACUGUCAAACUGCAGACCGCAGUAAAAACAGAGUCCAAAGUCAUUCCUUCCAUGCAACAAUUUCUGGACAAUAACAUCCCCAAGCAUCCAGGUUCCCCCAGUCAAAAGGAAUCUCCCCCUGUUCCCAAUAAACCUCAGUUUACUCCAAAGACUCCGAAAGCUGGUGCUUCCUAUGUGUUUGAUGGUACCCCAGUGGAGAAGGUGGAACAAUAUAAUCAACAGAGGCGGCUUGUCACUGAUUCAGCAAAGUGUGAGAGUCCUCUUAUUUCUUACCAGGAUGUCACGCCCUCCAAAACACCAGCAGGGAACAAGAUUGUGAGUCCUAUAAUAAAAACCGAGGGACAGUAUUCACGAUCUCUGAAAGGACAGAUCACGAGUACGCCCAAAACUGUUAACUUUAAAGACGAAAGUCCACGGAAUUCACAGGACAGUCCUAGACAGUCCAGUGAGAGUCCGAGAUAUUUCAGAGAGAGGAAAGAUUCGGAUUACGACAGUGCUGACAUGAUUAUAGAGUCUCCGAAAAUUGUCAAUGGAGAUGUGCCCUCUCUUCAUGGAAGGAAAAUUAACCAAAUUCCACAAAAAUCUUCAGCACAGUUUCCAGAGCCACCUAACAAACCUCCAAAUGAAACGGAAAGUGAAUUUAAACAUCCGAAAACAGGUGUCAAUUUAGCAUUUAAAGUUGAGGAUAAAUUCGACAGUGAGAGUUUGGUCUCUCCCAAACAUCGACCAAAUCAUUUACCAAGUUUUCAGGAUUUUAGUAAUGAAAUUCAUUCAUUGGAUAGAAAAGAAAAGUCCGAAUUUAGAAGUUCCAUGACAAAAAUAAAAACCAAUGGAUCGUUAAGCAUGAUUUCAUCUCCCAGCAAUACACAUAAAGAAUUUGGCUUCCAGAUGCGGAGAGCAAGUUCAAACUCAUCCAAUUCGGAGGAGGAAUCUACCAGUAAUUCAGAAGACACGGGCACAAUCAAACGUCGUCCAGGACAACUACAAGAGUUUCAAGUUCGACGGAAAGGUCAAGGGUCACCCAGUGAGGUCAAGGACAAAGAUAACUUAAGUCCAGAUGAUCCGCCUACCAACUUCCGUCCUGCCAUGGGUAGCAGGAGUCCCAAACUUACACGGAAACUGAUGGUUGUGGAGGACUCUGGCGAGAAAGGAAACGAGAAUAUGAACAUGUACCAAGUCAGGCGGGAAGAGGGAAAUGUCAAGGUUGUGAAUAUUGACAUAGACAAUAAGUCUCCUUCGGCUGUGCAAAAGAUGGCCGAAGAUCAAGCCUUUGGCAGUACUGUGAGUUGGCUGGAAUCGCAGAGAAGAAAAGUGGAAAAUGGACUCUACAAUUCCAAAGACACAAACAAAAGUGAUGCAUUUUCAUUUACUUCAUUACCUCAGAAUGGAUUAUCGGAAAAGUCUUCAAAUUCAGACACAAAUAGUGAGAUUAGUUAUACUGUGGAUGAUCAGAGAAAAGGGAUUUAUGAAAAUAUACCAGCUAGGUCUCCAAAAUCGUUCCCAAAUUUCAAAGUGGAAGUGAAACAUGGUAUGAAAUUGCAGUCUUUCUUUGACGGUGAAAGUUCACUUGUGAAUGGAUUACCGGGCUCAAGGAGUUCCUGUGGGUCUGGUGGAGGGCGAAAGUCAGAUGAUGUUGAGAGUCUGGUGUCAAGUAGCAGUGAGGGAGGGGGCAAAGGGUCAGUGAGGGGUCACCGGAGGUCGGGAGAUCCAUCCAGUAGAAGAAGCUCGGGACACAACAGAGAUUCUGAGUCGUUCCAGCAGCUGGACCAACUAAAGCGAGACAAAGUGGAACUGGUGUCCAAAAUUACUUCUCUGAAACAACAGAUAGAAGAGAUAGAAAAACUAGAAAAUGAGGCCAUUCGAGAGCUUGAAAUGGAGAAAGCUCUCUUGGACGGGGAAAAACAGACAGAGAUGGAGGAACUGCAGCGGGAUCAGGAGAGGAUCAAAAUUCUAAAAGAGCGACACCGAGAGGUAGUGGAAAGAGCAGCAAGGGAGAGGCAAAAGCAGCGAAUCAGAACCUCCAGCCGAUUACGUAAAGAGUUGCAGCAGAUGGAGCAACAACAGGAGCUGAUACAGCAACUCGAGGAACAGCAACACAAGACUGAGCAAAUGCUGGAUUCAUGCUCCAAGGAUGACGAGGAGGAACUUCUGGAACAGCAUCAGCAGCAGACGGACGGCAUAGAGCAUCAGCAGAAGAUAUUUGAUGACCUUGAAUUCAAGCAACUUGAGUCUGAAGCAACAUACGAAGAAGAAAAAGAACAGAUACAGCGAGCUCUCAUGAAGGAGCAGCAAGACUUGCUAGAAAAAUAUAGGUCAAGGGAGGGCCGGUUGGUGGAGAUUGAUGGCCAACAGAAGGAAAUGUUGACAGGUGUCCGGAAAGACAUGCAAUCUAUGGAACAGAAACGGCAGCAAUUGGUGGAGGAAUUCCGAAAGGAAAAAGUAGAAUUGUCAAACUUGGUGAAGAAAAUUCAAGAAAUUUCCAAAAUGCUGGCUCUACCUGUCAGUGAUGACAAUAGAGACUCGUUUGUCGCAGAACUACAGGAGGGAAAGCUUUCACCCAAAGGCAGUUACAAUAACCCCACACAAGGUCAGGGAGAAAGGGAGGGGCCAGCCCCUCUCCCCACUUCCAGUCCAACAUUAUCCUGGAUCUCAUCCUCAGAGAAAGGUGAGCGCAAGAAAUCGGCCACCAUGUUGGAGAUCGAGCGUAAUCAUUCCCUGUUCCUCGAACUUCAAGGUGGUCAUGUGAUCGAGCAGGAGAAGAAGCGUAUUGAGGAGCUGAAACGGAGAGCGGCAGACGAGGGUCGCGCUCAGUGGGAGGAACGAAAACUCCGAGAGGCCAACUGUAAGAGCUUCAACUCUCUGGAAUCUGAGGACAGCAGCGUCGCCAGCAGCUGCGAGACUCCCUCAGAAAAAGAAACAAGUCUGAGCAGUGGUGAGGACCAGUUAGAGAAGAUGAUGGAGUUAGAGCGUCUCCUUGCUCAAGCCCAGUCUGAGAAAAGAAUGAUAAUUGCUGACCAGGUGAAAACGAGGGAGCAGGAAAUGAUUGUCCUUCAGGAGGAAAGACACAAACGGGAGGAACUGGAAAGGAAACUGCAGGAGGAAACCCGGCUGAGGGAGGAACUAGUCCAACAGCAGAUCAAAUUACGAGAAAAACAGUCCAAGCAGGCUCGUCCUCUUACCAGAUACCUACCAGUCAGAGGGAAAGAAUUUGACCUAAAAAGUCACAUCGAGUCAGCAGGUCAUCACCUUGACGAUUGUACUCAUGUAGUGCUAAACUCCACAAUUUGUAGGGGAUGGUUACAGAAAAUGGGAAACAAAUUCAAAACGUGGCACAGACGAUGGUUUGUGUUUGACAGAACCAAGAGAUCUCUUAUAUACUACACAGACAAGAAUGAAAGUAAAGCCCGAGGGGGCAUAUAUUUCCAAGCCAUAGAGGAAGUGUAUGUUGACCAUUUAAGGACAGUUAAAAGUCCCAAUCCUAAGUUAACUUUCUGUGUGAAAACCUGUGAUAGAACCUAUUACAUGGUGGCCCCAACGCCAGAAGCCAUGAGAAUCUGGAUUGAUGUGAUAUUCACUGGAGCAGAAGGAUACCAGCAAUUCUUAUGAUGGGGAACCAGAUUAAGAGAUACUGUGAUUUGAUUGGAGAAAAAGAGAAAGCAUUCUCCAAUGGAUAUGAAUGUGUUCCCACUUGCACAAACAAAAUCAGUGCAUGGGAUGAAGUCGGUGUAGCUGUUGUGUUAAUGGAGAUUUCUAGUCUUGAGGAAUAUAGUGUAGAGGAUGAUGUGACGAGAAGAAGAACUUUUUCACUGGUUAUUUACAUUUGUUGUGAGUCUGCAGUAGUAUGUGCUGACCAAAUAUAGUAUGUACGAGACAUAGACUUCUGAGUGGACAUUAAAGUGACCUGUUGACCCGAUGGCAACUUUUGACCAGUGGUGUCUUCUCUCUAGAGAUGAAUACAACACGAGAAGAGUUUGACUUCUGAAUCUGCAUUGUGUGGAAGAUGGAAUGGACAGUUUUAAAAGUACUGAAUCAUAAAUGAAUAUUACAACUGAUCUAAAAGGGCAUUUUGAAAAUGCAAGACAUAGUUAAACAAUAGCAGACCUCCACUGACCAGUUCUGUAAAACCUGUUAUAUCUUGUGAUUCAUCAUAUCCUUCCUGUUAUACAUCUCCUUGACAGAAACUUUCUAAUAAUCAGAUAUUUUGCUGUAGCCCUGACCACUCUUAAGUCUGUUAACUGUUCCUUGUUUACAUGUCAUGGUGUGAAAAUACUAGGUUUUAUAUAAGGCAUUGUUUGUGUAUGAAUUAGUUACAGAUUAUACUACAGUUUGUUUCUGUACAGCAAAGAUUAUAAUUAUAUUAAUAUUACAUGUAUGAUCGAAGUUGAAGUAUUUCAUCAAAGGGAAGUAACCUACAAUACACAUAUAUAUGUAUUUUAUGAACUUGAGACACAAAUUUUGAUUUUAUUAUUUCUAUAGGUAGCUAUAUAUUUGCACGUGAAUUUUAAUUGUUUUGAUCAGGUACAAUGUUAGUGCAUAAAAAUUUAUCGUUUUUGAUGAUUUGUAAAUAAAUAAACAACCACCAUUUUGUCAUAGCAAUGCACUUGCUAUGUAAAAGUUACCAUUAGUGCUAUGUUGAAUAUCAGAUUUUAUGAAGAUGAACCUUCUAGUACAUAGAAGUCCUCCUUAGUUACCCAUUCAACAGUUCACUUGUCUAAUAUUUUUCUAGAACUUUCCAGAAUACAUGGAUCAAGAUUUUUUUUUCUGUUCAUCUCACUGAAGACCAACAUCAUGUGUUUAGAACAAUUUUCAGGUUUGCAUUUUGUAUUUUUGUAGUCUUUAAUCAUUGGCCUCUCCAUUCAAGAGCUGCAGAGCGACUCUGGGUUGAUCACUAUACCACACUGUAGCAUAAUGUUGCUCUUCCAUUCUUCUUGCCCAAAGUAUUUAUAUCCCUACAACAGCAGAUAGAUAGGAGGAUGUAUCUUGCAUCCCUACAACAGCAGUUAGGAGGGUGUAUGUUGCAUCCCUACAACAGCAGUUAGGAGGGUGUAUGUUGCCUCCCUACAACAGCAAUUAGGAGGGUGUAUGUUGCAUCCGUAUAACAGCAGUUAGAAGGGUGUAUGUUGCAUGAUGUCUGUUACAUGUAUAACUGUUGUGGGAACUUGACAAGGUCAAGGUCGUUUGUUACAAUUUGCUGAUAUUUAAAAAAGAUAAUAUUGAUGAUACUGUAAUAAAAAAUGAAACUCUUUCA